AUGACGAAAGCAGUAAAUGCCGGCUGGAAGCUGGAUAGUGAUGAUAGAGCGUGCUAUAUCGAGGUGGACGAGGAUGAAGCGUACGAGAACGAUACCGUUGCCCGGCCGGAUGAGAACGAUUCCAAAAAUGAUGACCCGGACCAUGGAUGGACGCAGUGGAGUAAUUUACCGGAUCAUAUUCUCGAGCGCAUCUUCUCCCAUCUCACCAUCAAGGAGCGGUACUACGCGAGCCUGACCUGCUACGGAUGGUACAGAGCGUUCUAUCUGCCGCACGUGUGGUCUAACUUUCUGGUCGAGGAUGCGACGCUCGGCCGGAUGAGAUACAACUACUACUCCGGCUGGCAGCCCGUACUCGAUCACUCGCGCCUCCAGAGCUGCCUCCUGUCCGUGGGCCAUCUCAUACGCGGACUUGACUUCCGGCCGCAAGUCAGCUUCAACAACAUGUUCCAGUUCAUGUCGCUCAUCUCGUGGGCCAUGGAGCAGAACGCACGGACCACCGGGUGCCCGCGCGAAUGGGUCGGCUGCGGUUCGCGCAUCCGUUCGCUCAAUUACCUGUUCCCGUGCAAUAUGGCCCUCAGCGAGGAUCCCGAGUCAAUCAAGCUGUUCGGCACGGGCGGUCAGCUGCUGGCCGCACUCAAGCGGCUCAUGCUUUGCCUCACCAAUCUGCAGUCACUCUCGCUGGUUGACCUCAUACUGGAACGGUACGAAGCGAACCAUCUGCUGGACGAGGUGCUCGAGUCCUGCUGUCUGGUGCUGCGCCGUCUCUGCCUCGUCAACGUCACCUCCCUCCACUGUCCCAUCAUGCACAUCGGACUGUUUCUCAAUCUACAGAUACUGGAAGUCUCGCCGCAGAACGUUGACGACGACGUACUGACACUGUUGGCCGAUUCCAAGGUGAAACAUCUUACCCUGCUGCAGAACCGCUACACACCGCCUGCCCUUGCCAUCAGUCCGUGCUCCGCGAAGGCUUGGCUGACGGUUCGACGGGAUAAUCCGAAGCUGCGGGUUCACCUGCGCGUCGAGUCCACCACCAACGCGGUGAUCCUGCUGCAGCCCGAGGCACCGGUCGCCAGCAUGAUUUAUCAGACGCCCAAAACAAUGAUUACUUCGGACCAGCUGGUAGCGGCCGUUGAUGCUUACAAGUACACGCUUACCGUUUACGGACACGAACAGCUACCGGCGGUAGAGUCACCACUGGACGGAGAGUUCCAGGAACGUCCGGACAGCCUGCUGGUACUGCUCGCACGCUCCUGCCCGGGAUUGAAUGCACUGAUGGUACGUGAGUGCAUCUCCACCGCCACAAUUCUAUUGAUUGCUAAAUCGGCCCAAAAUCUGCGUCAUCUCUACAUCAACCGGGCACAGGUCAGAUUGGGCUGCGAUUGGCCCCGAAGUCCCGAUUGGACGGACGAGUUCUACGAAUGGUUGCAGACCACGGCCGGCUCGCUGGAAGCUACCGAACGCGAGGUGUCCCGCAUACUAGACCACCCAUACUGGCAUCUGCUAUCCGUGGAACAGUUCCAGAUGGCUUCACUGAUGCGACAUGUAGCUUUUUGA